UCACUCGGAGCUGCAUCGCGCCAAGAGUGUUCCCACACCCGUGCUCAAAGAACACCCUCCGCGGUCUCCGUGGAAACACUCUCAGUCUCUCCCGCCUGCCGUCAGUGAGUGUCGCCGGGCUAUAUUGGACCAUGAAACUCAAAUAAAAAACCCCCGGCGUUCUCGCAGCUUCAUGGGCAAAGAGGACGAGGGGGUGUCGAGCGCCGGAAGUCCGAACUCGAAGACGCCGAACGGAACGUCCGUGGACCCGGAAUGUCGGGAAAGACACGCGGAGCUGUUCGACCAACUGGACUUGAAUAAAGAUGGCAAGGUGGACCUCGGCGAACUGCGAAUUGGACUGGCGGCUCGUGGUUUGGGGCGGGGAGAAGCUGAAGAGAUAGUUCUCGAGAGUGACAUCAACCAUGACGGUUUGUUGGACUUCCAAGAGUUCUCCCAUUACCUGCAGGCUCAUGAGAAGAGGCUGUUGCUCAUGUUCCACAAGUUGGAUCGCAACAAUGACGGUCAAAUCGAUGUGGGGGAGAUCCAGCAUUCACUGCAUACGCUUGGGGUAGAUGUCACCAAGGAACAGGCUGCCAGAAUACUGCAGAGUAUGGACAAAGAUGGCACCAUGACCAUUGAUUGGAAAGAAUGGCGAGAUCACUUCUUGUUCAAUCCUUUCCACGACAUGGAGGAAAUUGUCCACUACUGGAAACACUCCCAUAUGUUUGACAUUGGGGAACAUUUGACGGUGCCAGAUGAGUUCUCGGAAAAGGAACGACGGUCUGGUCUGGUAUGGAGGCAGUUGGUUGCUGGAGCAGUGGCUGGGGCGGUGUCCCGGACAGGAACUGCUCCUUUAGAUCGCCUAAAAGUCUUCCUUCAGGUACAUGGUUCUGCGUCUGGAGGGGCAAAUGUGUGGUCUGGACUGAGAGGGAUGAUCCGAGAAGGUGGCGUCUUCUCACUCUGGAGGGGAAAUGGCAUCAAUGUUCUCAAGAUUGCUCCAGAAUCUGCGAUUAAAUUUAUGGCCUAUGAACAGAUCAAGUGGCUUAUCCGAGGCAGUAGAGAGGGCGGCGGUUUAAGAGUACAAGAAAGGUUCAUUGCUGGCUCUUUGGCGGGAGCUACUGCCCAAACCAUCAUCUACCCCAUGGAGGUGCUUAAGACUCGCCUCACAUUGAGGACCACGGGGCAAUAUUCAGGUGUGGCUGACUGUGCCAGACGCAUCCUGAAAAAAGAGGGAAUCCGGGCUUUCUAUAAGGGCUACCUGCCAAAUACACUUGGUAUUAUCCCCUACGCUGGCAUUGACCUGGCUGUGUACGAGACCCUAAAGAAUGCCUGGCUUCAGAGGUACUGUGUGGACUCUGCCGAUCCAGGUGUUUUGGUCUUACUGGGCUGUGGUACCGUUUCCAGCACCUGUGGCCAGCUGGCUUCGUAUCCCCUCGCUCUAAUUCGGACACGCAUGCAGGCACAAGCCUGCACUGGGAGUGGCCCAAAGAUGACCAUGGUGGGCCAGUUAAAAUAUAUCAUAUCCCAUGAAGGUGUACCUGGUCUGUAUCGCGGCAUUACACCCAACUUUCUCAAAGUCAUUCCUGCUGUCAGCAUCUCCUAUGUGGUUUAUGAGCACAUGAAGAAAGUCCUUGGCGUGGGUUGCUAAACUACAAACGCAAAACAAGGAACAAGAAAGCCCAGACUACAAGGACAAAGAAAGCACAGACUUAUACACCUUGUGGGACAAAAGAGUCGAGAACCAAAGAAGGUGACUCGCCCUACAGAAACUGAUGGUAAGAAUGUUCGUGGAGCAUGUUUUCCCUUUUUGGAUACACCAGUGGCAUAUCACUUAGUUGGGGGUUUAUUUGUACAUAUAUUUGUAAUUUAGUAUUUAUUUGAAAUGAGCAUGGUAACUAAGCAGUAUACAAAAGGAAUGUUGGAUUUCUUAGUUCUGCAUUGUGAAUUUUAGUGACUCAAAGGGGCUGUUUGCAACAUGCUCACAGUUCCAUUUUUCAAACAAAAAAUAUAACUAGAACACCACCGGCAGGUUUAUGUUACCAUUAUUGGUUUAACAAAUCAUAGCCUAUAUAUUUGUUAAAAUGUCUUAUAUUUUUCACAGUGACUAAUUAUAUUGAAUUAAAAAAACAACACAUCGGCCCAUACUUGCCAACCCUCCCGGAUUUUCCGGGAGACUCCCGAAAUUCAGCGCCUCUCCCGAAAAC